UUGUGAGCUGGUGCCGAGAGAGAGAGAGAGAGAGAGAGAGAGAGAGAGAGAUGACGAUAUUGUCGAGGCGCAACGACGGAGGAGGAAACAGCCACCGUAGCUCCACGAAGAGGCAACGACUUCCGUCUGUUUCCACCGACGACUCAAGUUCUGGGGAAGAAGAAGAAAACGAAAAGACACUUGUGGUGCUUAGUGAUGAUAGUGAUUCUGACGAAGAUAUAACUCUCCAAUCAAGCAAACGCCGGAUUAGUACAUCUCCGAAAUCCGUAACUCUGCCCAGUUCAAAUGUUCUUGACUGCCCCAAUUGCUUUGACCCUUUGAAAAAACCAAUCUUUCAGUGUAAUAAUGGGCAUCUAGCUUGUUUCUUGUGCUGCAUCAAAUUGAAGAAGAGAUGCUCGUUGUGCAAAUUGCCUAUAGGGGAUGUUCGAUGCAGAGCCAUGGAGAAGGUCAUAAAAGCAGGGUUAGUCUCAUGCUCAAAUGCAAUGUAUGGGUGUAAAGAGAGCACCACGUAUGGAAACAAAUUACUAAGCCAUGAGAAGAUUUGUGUUUUUGCGCCAUGUUCAUGUCUGAAGGAUUGUAACUACAUUGGCUCCUACAAGGAUCUCAACAGCCAUUUUCGUGAUGCACACAAAAAGAGUCCUGGUGAAAUCAUGUCGUUGGUGCUGAAACGUCCUAUAUUAUUCGGCUUGGAGCUGGACGAUAGUGAUAACAUAGUCAUUUUUCAAGAAGAGAAAGAGGGUGAUGUGUUUGUAGUUCAAGGUUUCACCGCAUCACACGGGGUGUAUGUGACUGUGAGCCAUAUUGCGCCUAUGGUUCCGGGAGUUCGCAAAUUCUCCUGCAGCCUAGCCAAACUCAAACAGUAUAGCACACUAAGGCUGGGGUUGCGGGUGAAGAAUAUUCAAAAAUCGAGAGAGCAAGAAGAGCAGCCUGAAGAUGACUUCAUGUUGAUUCCAUCUUUUAUGCUGAGUGGUGAUAAUAUAAAGAUGCAGAUUAGCAUCGGCAAUGAAGAUGCCUAUGUUCAUAUCUGAGCUAUGUUAGGCCAGUAGAAAUAAGGGACUAUGUAAGCUAACACAAUUAGAAAUUGUGUAAUGGGUCAUUUGAGUUUGAUUUUGUAGUUUCAUGCAUUGCAUUUUCAAUGAGUAAUCAUA